UGGUGAGGAGUGAAUCUUUCUCUCCUGAUGAAGAACAGCAGCACAUCAACAGACCUAAGUCAAAGGGGGAAAGCCGGAGCACCCUCUGUUUGGCGAAAGCGUACCCCAAAUUCCCACCAAGCAUCUUGGAAUACAUCGCGGAAUAUUGGCAGCAUCUUAAAGGCUCCCGUGGUCUGAGGAAAAGGAUCGAAAAUCAAAGAUCCAAAGUGGGUAGAAUCAUGGCUUUCCUUUCGUUUAUAACCAAGGGACAGCCAAUCCUCCAGAAUUGGACUUUCCUUCACAAUAUGUCCAGGAUAUACCAGUGGCCAGAGCAUCUGCAGAAUGGUGGAAAAGCGGAGAACACAGUGAAGACCUACCUGGUGAAUUUGUCCCAGUUCCUGGGCUACUUCAGGGACACCCCUCCCUCCUCAUCCAGGGUUCCAAAAAGAGAAGUGUUUGCCGUGAUUCGUGCUAUCUCAGAGUGUAUUGCAAGCCUGGGUCCACGUGUUGUCAUGCGUCAGAUACGUGUAAAGAAAAAUAAGUUGAGCAGAACCAUCUCCAAGGACCAACUUCGCCUCUGCAAAGUCCUGGCCAGGAGACGCAUCCCUGAACUUCUUGAUGAACUGUCUGAGGACCCCAACCCGGAGGCGCGAAGGAGAUAUUUUGGGUACCUCAGUGUUUACCUAGCAAGCCUAUAUGGACACCGCACCGGUGUUCUAAAGAAUAUGACGGUCUCCGAGGUUGAUGAAGCCCAGAAGGAAGCCACAGUCGGGCAAGCGGGCUUCGUGAUCAAUGUGAAGGAACACAAAACCAACCGUGCGUUUGGCCCCGCACAGCUCUACUUAACUGUAGAGGAAUUCUCAUGGGUGGAGCAGUGGAUGAUCAUCAGACAGAAACUAAAACCCACCCACAGACCUUCUUCUCUUCACCGAAAACUUCACAAAAAUCGAGAAACUCAUCGUGCCGAUGCAAGCCGCCUGGCGUGACAUGGGUUUUCCUGGGCGUCCCACAUUCACAGACUUCCGAACAUCAAUAGCCACAUACGCAAGGAAUACUUUGUCACCAAGUGACCGGAUCAACAUUUCAAAGACCAUGUGUCAUGACACGCGGACAGCAGACAAAUUCUACGCGCUCCACCGCACCGCGUCAGAGCUGGCUCGGAUCCGUCAGAAUUUCGAGGCAGCCGUCAAGCCACCACGUACGACGGUACAUGACACUGCCGAACCUUCCCUCCUCUCCAUGUCAGAAUCAUCAGGUGAUGGUGUUGAGGAGGAAGCGGACUGCGCGCCUCCCACCCCGCCUGCCGGUCCUUCGCCCGGUGCUGUGCCGUCCUCACCAACAUCCAGUCAGGCCACUGGAUCAACAAGCCCUGAUCACGCUUCUGAGAGCGACGUUGACUACACUGUUGACAGCGAGUCUGACCAAACCUCCGAGAGCGAGUCUGACCAAACCUCCGAGAGCGAGUCUGACCAAACCUCCGAGAGCGAGUCUGACCAAACCUCCGAGAGCGAGUCUGACCAAACCUCCGAGAGCGAGUCUGACCAAACCUCCGAGAGCGAGUCUGACCAAACCUCCGAGAGCGAGUCUGACCAAACUUCUGAAUACACUUCGGAGAGCGACCCUUCAUAUGAACCACGUAGAGGGACCCAACAACCCAGAAGAAGGAGACCAUUGUUUACCUACACGUUGAGAAAAAGACAACCAGGGCGCAGCCAAAGUGUACGUGUGCUGAGAUCCAGAAAAACAGUAAAAAAAAUAAUAAAAAAAUAAAUAAAUCAA